AUGGCCCGGCCCAUACCUGCUAAGCUCGGGUUUCCAGACGAAAGAGAGAAGCUGGCCCAGGACGAUGGCAAUGAGGCACAGAAGCUGGGGUCCUUCUCCGGAGUAUUCGUCCCAACGACCCUCAAUGUCCUGAGUAUCCUUAUGUUCCUCCGUUUCGGCUUUAUUUUAGGCCAGAGCGGUGUCUUGGGCAUGAUGGGCAUGCUUAUUAUAUCAUACGCCAUUGACUUGAUAACUACAAUGUCAAUUUCGGCAAUUGCAACAAACGGAACAGUUAGAGGUGGGGGUGCUUAUUAUCUCAUCAGUCGGUCGUUAGGUACCGAGUUUGGCGGCUCAAUUGGCAUAGUGUUCUAUCUUGGCUGUGUUCUGAACACGGGAAUGAACGCGGUUGGUCUGAUUGACUGUUUUAAACAAAAUUUUGGCGUUGUUUCCGGCAGCAAGGCCCAUUUCCUCUACGAGGGAUUCUGGUGGGAGUACCUCUGGGCAACCAUCAUCUUGGUCCUCUGCACGGCAAUCUGUUUGGCAGGGAGCUCUGUCUUUGCUCGUGCGAGUAAUGGAUUGCUCGUCGUUCUAUUGGUGGCAACCUUCAGCAUUCCGUUGUCAGCGUCUAUUUUGCAGCCUUUCAAAAACGAACGACUAGGAAUCGAAUUCACUGGCUUCAGCGCCAAGUCGUUCCUUGACAAUUUAUAUCCAAGGCUUACCAGAGGUGCGGCCGGUAGUCAGAUAAAGAAGCGGGAAACCUUUCAGGAUUUGUUCGGAAUUCUAUUCCCCGCAACCUCUGGGAUAUUUGCAGGGACUAGCAUGUCUGGCGAUCUCAAGAACCCGAGCAGGUCUAUUCCUAAGGGAACGCUCUACGGCCUUGGUCUUACUUUUUUUACAUACACAGCCGUUAUUCUUACACUAGCAGCUAGUGUCACUAGAGAAUCACUAUAUAAAGAUGUCAAUAUCAUCCAAGAUACCAGUAUCUCGGGGUCCCUGAUCGUUUUGGGAGAAUUCUCGACCUCGUUCUUCUCAUCUCUUAUGGGAAUUAUUGGUGCAGCAAAGGUACUGCAAGCCAUCGCAAGAGAUGCCCUACUGCCUGGCUUGUCCCUCUUUGCAAAAGGAACGGAUAACAACGACAACCCGAUUAGUGCUAUUCUAAUCACCUUCGUAAUAGCCCAAGUAACAACACUUUUCGACAUCAAUCAAAUCGCAUCCUUCGUCUCGAUGGCAUAUUUGAUGACCUUCCUGGUCACUAAUCUAGCUUGUUUCUUGCUCAAGAUUGGCUCAGCACCGAAUUUUAGACCGUCGUUCCAUUACUUCAAUUCAACGACUGCUCUCGUCGGUACAGUCAUCAGUGGAGCCAGCAUGUUCUUUACUGAUGGAGUGUACGCCACUGGCUGUGUCUGUGUGUUGGUGACGCUGUUCCUUUUAAUCCACUACAUGGCUCCUCCGAAGACGUGGGGAGAUGUCAGCCAAAGUCUCAUCUACCACCAAGUUCGCAAAUAUCUGCUUCGCCUUCGACCCGAGCACGUCAAAUUUUGGCGACCACAGAUUCUUCUCUUUGUCAACGAUUUCGAGUCACAGUAUAAGAUGAUUCAUUUCUGUAAUUCGUUAAAAAAAGGUGCGCUAUUCGUUCUUGGCCGUGUGGUGGUUACGGAUGAGUUUGCGACUGCUGUUCCGGAGGUUAGAAGGGAGCAGGGUGCUUGGAAUAAGUUUAUCGAAUAUUCAAAAGUGAAGGCUUUUAUUAGCAUAACAGCUGCUCCAAAUAUGGAAUGGGGCAUCAGGAACAUCGUUUUGAGUGCUGGACUAGGAGGGAUGCGGCCGAAUAUUGUCGUGAUUGACCAAUUUCGCAAAGAGAAGCCUGUCGUCCCGUUUGAUUUUGGUAUACCUUUGAGACGACCAACAAGGCGCCUUUCGAGUGUCAGCGAGGUCGAAAGAGAUAAUAUUCGAAAGGGCAGAAUGGGAUCAUUUGAAAGAGAUUCGACGAUGAGUGUCCAAAGCUACUUGACGGUUCUGGAGGAUCUGCUAUUUCAACUGCGUAUCAACGUUGCAGUCGCCCGAGGGUUUGAGAACCUCGAGCUGCCGGGGACAAAUGACGGGGAUUUACCGACUAAAUACAUCGACCUGUGGCCGAUUCAAAUGUCCGGAGAAAUAUCACAAAGCGGAGGACGCACGCAUACCAACUAUCUUACGACCAACUUUGAUACCUAUACGCUAAUCUUACAGCUUGGCUGUAUUCUCAACACUGUUCCAUCCUGGAAACAUUCGUACAAGCUUCGAGUGGCAGUGUUUGUAGAAUAUGAAACGGACGUUGAGGAGGAACGCGGGCGAGUGAUGACCCUCCUUGAAAGGCUUCGAAUUAGUGCAGAAGUGUUGGUGUUUUGGCUAGCAAGCGGAGACCUACAAACCUACCGCGUAAUCAUCAACGGAGAGAAGAAUAACGUGGAUAAGGAUAUCAUGGAUUCCGUCGAGAAGACUUUGGAAGAUGAGGAUUGGUGGAAGGAACUUGGGCGCUAUCGAGCCAUUUCAGAAGAGUCCAGAAGCAGAGCUACAAGGUCACAGAGACAAACUCCCACUGGAUCUGGCUCUACAACGCCUCGUGAAGGAGGAAGACGACGUGCUGGACUUGAGGGCCUGAAGAGAGUCCUUGAAUCAUCUCGCAGGAGGUCAUUUGGACCUGGCGUCAGUCUUGGAAUGCAGACACAUCGGCUGUUGGAUUCCAUGGUUGAAUACAACUCUGAUGGGAACGAUGAUGACGAAUCGUCUUCAGACGAGAGUGACCUGGAGCCGUACUUGAGUGAGAGCGAACACGAGCCAGAGGGCGAAGAUGACCCGAUGGCUGCUUCUGAAACUCCAACUAUCAAAGAACCGGAAGAGACCGCGAAUACCGCAUCACCGCGCGCCCAGUUCAUGAGAAAAGGCCGUGUCGCAUCCAGCGCCAAAUUCUCCUCGGCUCCUAUCCCGGUGACAAAGGUGGUCUCUGAAGAAGGGGUAGGGCCAUCGAUCAUGUUCGCUGACUCCUCUCCUCCGCGCCGCGGGAGCACGGCAAAACCAGGCUAUGAAUCGAUAUAUGCCAGAACCGAAGCGACUACAGAUCAGCCAGCAUCAGCUCCAGCUGAAGGGGACUCAGAAGCUCAAGCACGAGCAUCCGGAUACCCAUUCCAGGCUGCAGUUCCCCUGUCUUUCAAUGACCUGCCAGGCCGAGCUCAGCAUCUAAUACUAAACGAACUGAUCAAAUCACAAAGCAAGGAGACGGCCGUGGUAUUCACCACACUGCCGACCCCCGUUGAAGGUGUCUGGCGCGACAAGGCUUCCAGUGAAGCUUAUGUCGAUGACCUCGAAGUGCUAUGCGACGGGCUUCCUCCAUGUCUACUUGUGCACAGCAACAGUGUCACGGUGACGAUGAACCUUUAA